GUCGUCCCCCGCUGUCCGCGCACCGUCACAGGUCAGGGGGGCGGCCCGUUGCCACGGUGACGUAAACAAAGAGAGACCUCCGCGCGUCACGGGCUGCAGCGGCACCGCGCAGCGGGAUCAGGUGAAGCGCUCUCUGUACGGUUACCACGGCAACAGUGUAAACACCGCGUGCGGCUCGGAGCGGCAUGUCCUCUGCAGGAUGUCCCCGGAGGACAGGACUGCCGAGGGAGGUCGUGAAGUGGCUCCAGAGCCUCGAGCUCUCCCUCCAUCCGAAGAACGUGCGCAGAGAUCUUUCCAACGGUUACCUUGUGGCAGAGAUAUUGUCUCGUUAUUAUUCCCGUGACUUUGUGGUGCAUUCGUACGACAGAGGAUCAUCCCUCGCUGCCAAACAGGGGAACUGGAGCCAAAUAGAGAAGUCUUUACGGAAGCUCAGUCUGACCUUGACGAAAGAGACAGUGGACGGAAUCAUUCACUGCAAACCGGGAGCAGCCGAGCUGCUGGUGCAGGAGUUUUACUCCAUUUUAACUCACCGGAGCAUCGGACACGUCGAGGCCCCGCAGCAGCUCCACAGCCUCCGAGGCCUCCAUGAACAACCUGAAGGUAACGGAGGUCCUGGAGCAGCCCGACGUCACCUCCAAGGAGAGGAAGGCUUGAGUCGUCCUGCAGGCACCUGGAGCACCAGCGUCUUUUUGUACCAGCAGGUGGCAGCAUUGAGUCACCAGCCCAGCUCAGUGGUUCGGACAGAAAUCCAUUGAUAAAAAGAGAACAUGAAGCGGUGUGUCCUGCAGCAGUGGACUGGACUUACUGUUCAUCCAUUUGCACAUUAAUGCUAUUUCUGAUUUCCUUCAGUUACUUAUUAAAACAUUUUUCCAGAUUUUCUUGCCCAUUUAAUCAUUGUGAGUCAGAAACAGGAGACUUAUUCUACCCACGAUUGAUGAUUUUUUUCUGCAUGCUUGUUCAAAUUUAAAUUAGUAAUAGUAUUGUUUUAUGCUUUUUCUUUUUAGAUUUAAAAGGCAAAGCAAUCUACAAAUUGAAGUAAACCAACACAAAUCAACUGCAUCAAAUUCACUGUAUAACAACAGGAGAUUAUUUAUUCCUGGUACUGGUCAAGCAGCAUUAACAGUCAGUGACAUAUUCGUGACUCUGUCAUUAAUUUGCUUCAUUGUUACUGCUGUUAAUGCAUUAAACACAACAAGCACAUCAGAAACAAAUUAUGUAGAAACCAGCAAUGUGCAAUGUCAUUACCUGAAAUGCAAGUAAAGCAAAGGACAUAACAGAACUUUCAUUCUAAUUUAAACCACAAUAAAUCUUUGAA